AUGCCAGAAACUCUCAUGGCCCAGGAUCCUACAAAGCUGCAAGCAGAGGUGGAUCGACUAGCAGCUGAGCUGCAGGAGGCAAUCCAAGAGAAUGUCCAGGCAGCCCAAUAUGGGCUGGCUGUGCUGGAGGAGAAUGAGGAGCUCAAGCAGCGCUGUGGAGAUCUAGAAGGUCAGCUAGAGGUCCUGCGUGUAGAAUUGGCCCACAUGAAGGAGGCUUUGGCAGAAUCUCAUAGCAGUCAUAAACGAGCAGCAGUUGAUGGGGAGAACCGGGAAGAGUCUCUACUCAGGGAAUCAGCUUCCAAAGAGGCCCAUCUGACUCAAACCAUUGAGGAGCUUCAAAGUGAUGUGAAAUUCCUGAAAUCCCAGCUUGACAAUACAGGGGCGGAAAAUGAGCGGCUCAGCGUAGCUCUGCGAGACUUAAGGAAGGAGUGCCAGACCCUGGAGUCUGAAAAAAAUCAAUUGCGCGAGGAGAUGAAACAAGCUAAGUCACGGGAGCUUCGCCAGUUGCAGGAUUGUGGAGAGCUUGAGGAAGAAAAUAUCUCCUUGCAGAAACAGACUAAGUUCCUGUUUCAUCCUAAGGUGGAAUUUGAGAGUGUCAAGCGUGCCUUAAGGUGCCAUGAGGAAGAGCUCAUGUUGGCUGGUUCCCAGCUACAAGAACUGGGUCGUCUUCGGGAUUUGGCUGAACAGCAACUUCAGGAGGCCCUUGAGACUGUCCAGGCUGAGCGUGAGCAGAAGCAGGAACUGCGGCGGGAGCUAGCCGUCUAUGUUGGGGGCCAUCAUGAUUCUCUGAACAGCUUGCAGGCCAACCUGGAGGAGCUCAGCCACAGCCACACCACAGAGUGCGAGGAGCAAGACAGUGGUUUUGCCAACGGUAGCAACGUAGGGGGGGUGACAUCCACACCUCACAGCUUCCAGCCUGCACCUGGUCUUGUUGCAGAUCUCUUCAGUGAACUUAACUUGGCAGAGAUUCACAAGCUACAGCAGCAACUCCAACAGGCAGAAAAAGAAAAAGCUUCACUAGCUUCAGAUCUGCAAGAUCUCAAGAAACAGCUGACCAGGACUAAGGAGAUCUUGGCCCAACAGCAGUUGUGCAACAGCCGUCAAGUAGAUCAGCUUCCAGCCCCAGAGGCUAAGCCCAGUGCUAAUAAUGGUGGGGAUAGCCUGUCACCCAAUAAUAGGGAAUGCUACCGUGAGGAGCUGGAAAGGGCCCAACUGGCAAUCCGGCAAGAGAGAGAGGCAGCUGCCCACCUAGAAGCUGAGUUGAGAAUUGCUAGACGGAUUACCAGAGAGUAUCAGUCACGGCUGGCUGAGACUCAGGAGGAGAUCCUUAUUUUUUCUGAAGAUAUGGCAACUCUCUACCAUCACAUCUGUGCCCUCCACAACAUAACCCCACACCGUGUAGUAUUGGACUAUUACAGGGAGGGCCGUGGUGUCCAAAGUGUGCGCAGAAGGCAGUCCUCCAGAAAACAUAUGUUCACAGAAAUAGAGACAACUAGCAGUGCAGACAGAUCACCAGCCAGUAGCCCUGUCUCCCCAUGUGGUUUGGAGCCUCUUUAUGUCACUAAUCUGACAGAGAUCUUGAGAGAACAGCUGGGGCAUCUGCAGGUAGCACUGUCCUUUGCCCAUCAGCAGCGCCCAAUGGGGCACAGAGCUGAACUGGAACGUGAUAAAGAAGUUCUGGUAGAAGAGGUGCUGAAACUGAAGUCCAUGUUGAGCACAAAGCGUGAACAGGUUGCUACACUGCGCACAGUGCUUAAGGCCAACAAGCAGACAGCAGAGGCAGCCCUCUCAAAUCUCAAAGGACAGUACGAAGGUGAAAAGGUGCUGGUGUCAGAGACCAUGAUCAAGUUGCGUCAUGAGCUCAAGGCCCUGAAGGAGGAUGCUGCUACUUUCUCUUCCCUACGUGCCAUGUUUGCUAGCAGGUGUGAUCAGUACGUGAGCCAGCUAGAUGAGAUGCAACGGCAACUGGAAGCUGCAGAGGAUGAAAAGAAGACUCUAAACUCCUUGUUGCGCAUGGCGAUCCAGCAGAAGCUGGCACUCACACAUCGACUGGAGGCUCUUGAAAACCCAGUGGAAGAGUUGAGGGGCAAUAGGAGGGUACUCAGAGCAACCAAGGGUAGUGCGGUAAGAAUAAAAGGAACCACUGAGAGAUGAUGGAGGAAUAAAAAUCACCCAGUUCUUAAAUUUGCUAUAGAUGUAACACACUGUUCACCUAGCUGUAAUGGAGAUGUUCCACAGAGCUACAUACUUAUCUCUCUUUUUGUUCUUGAAUAAGGUAUGUAGGUCUGUGGAACUCCUUUCUUUGGCACCAGCUGUAGGCAAUGUUUGGGUAGAGCUGAACUGAGCCUGCAUUGUGUUCAUACCAAAUCCCGAUUUGCAAAUCUGCUUCUAAGCACAGUUUCUGUUCUUUACUUAAAUGCAUAAAUAUCAAUGACUUAAAUGCAUAAACGUCAUUGGACUGUAGUGAUCUCGUUAUUUUGCAGAAAUAGGAGCUGUGGGCAAAUAAUAAAAAUUAUGACCCUGGGACGAGCAGUUGCAAAUUUUGAUUAUAGAUGAAGCCACUCACAAACUCUAGUCUGCAUGCUGGAGCAUUUCUGAAUUGCCACUUAUUUUUUAGCAAAAUAUUUCUCACAAGC